ACCAUGCAGAGCAACAGCAGCGCCUCGGAUUCGGCACCCGUUGGUGCGCUGAGCGGGUGUGGGGGAGAAGAGGAUGACAACCCCAGCGGAGCCGGGUCCAACUUGGCCGCCUUGAACCUGUCCCUCAACUGCUGGCUCCAGAUCCUCUCCAAAGAAACCUCUGCGGAUCUGCACGGAGACAGUGCCAACACGGCGGUGCGAGUCCUCAUCGCUCUGGUCUACUUGGUCGUGUGUGUCCUGGGGCUUGUGGGUAACCUCCUGGCACUCUUCCUGCUCCACUUCCGCCGCCGAGGUCACCGCCACACCUCCGUUGACUGUUUUGUGAUAAGCCUGGCUCUUACUGACCUCCAGUUUGUCCUCACUUUGCCCUUCUGGGCCGUGGACACGGUCCUGGACUUCCGCUGGCCCUUCGGCUGGGUCAUGUGUAAGAUCGUGAGCUCGGUCACCACGAUGAACAUGUACGCCAGCGUGUUCUUCCUCACCGCCAUGAGCGUGACCCGCUACCACUUGCUGGUCACGUCUCAGAAGAUCGCCAGCCCGAGGAGGGCGGCCGCUCGAGCAAAGUGGGCCAGUUUGGCUAUUUGGGCGGUCUCGUUGGUUGCCACGUUGCCUCAUUCCAUCUACUCCACCACCGUUCAGGUGUCUGUCGACGAAGAGCUCUGCCUUGUGAGGUUCUCCGAAUCAGAUUCCGGUCACUUGGAUCCACAAGUACUCCUCGGGCUCUAUCAAUUGCAAAAAGUGCUUCUGGGAUUUGUCUUUCCUUUGAUAAUCAUCAGCGUGUGCUACCUCCUGCUCCUGAGGUUCGUCCUGAGACAGCGCGUGGUCGGCAGCGUGAUCGACGGCGCCGUCGCAAAGAGCUCCGAAUGCCAGCGAGGUCGCCACUGCCGCCGCUCCAAAGUCACCCGCUCCGUCACCGUCGUAGUUCUGUCUUUCUUCAUCUGCUGGCUGCCCAACCAGGCUCUGACGCUAUGGGGCGUGUUGAUCAAGUUGGACCUGGUGCCCUUUAGCAAAGCCUUCUACAACGCUCAGGCCUACGCCUUCCCCCUGACCGUGUGCCUGGCCCAGGCAAACAGUUGCCUCAACCCAGUCCUCUACUGCCUCAUCCGCCAGGAAUAUCGUGCCGGUCUCCGACAGCUUCUGCGUCGAGUGUAUAUUCCGAUCCAAAACAUUUUCAACCACGCCCUGGGGGGGAGGAGAGGAGAGGUAGCACCCACUAGCUUGGUCAUGAUACACAAAGACAAUGUGUGAUUUUAGGAGUUUAUUCUAAAAGGAAUAGAGGAAACCCCGGGUAGUUGCAAGGGAGAGGGAUUGAGUCCUUUUGUGAAAAAAAAAAAAAAAAAAAUUACAACUGAGGCCCCAUCUACACAUGUGGCGAAAAUUCUCGCUAACAACCUAGGCUGAAAUUAGCGGCUUUCCCAACAUACAUGGGUUUUCGUCUUUUAGUAGAGAUAUAUCAUUUCAACAGACUUCGGAGACACCGAUUCCUACUUUCCUACGAGCAAGGGUUUGGCAGCAUCCUGUGGCAUUACAGAAAUACUGCCAUUAGCAAAAAUCCGAGAGAAUGUGGCGACAAAGUACCUUUUUCGAUGAGACAAGACAAUGGCCUGACUAAAUGAAGCUCCGCCUCUUACCCUGACCUGGUUCCUUGGCACCAAGAUGCCACAAAAGUCCUUUUUUUAUAUUAGGUUCCGGAGAGAAACAAAGAUGUAAAAGGAGCUUAAACUUUGAAUAGGGCGGGGGGUUCACCGUAUUCCUUCCAAUGGCUGUUUUCUGGAUAAAAUCAGUUUUAACUCUCUUUGGCACACUGAUUGUUGAGUUGCUAUGCACAUAGGUCUGGAUAAACAAGUACAGCUAUCAACUUCAAUCAAACAAUGCAAUCAUACUUUUUUUCUCCGCCCCAUCAAGAAAAACGCACAGAUGGUUGAAUGUUACUUUUUUUUUCCCCUUUCUCCAUUUUUAUGUCAACCGUCCCCACACGCACUCCUGAUGAAAACAGCAUUUUACGAUGCUUUUAACGCUGAUGUGUGACUUGUAGUCUGACCAACUUCAAUUACCUCAAGCAUACUGAACUGCAGGCCAGAGAUGGUUAGCUACAUUAGUGUGUGUGUGUG